UCCUGGGGGCGGGGCCACCGCCGAUGAAGACAACAAAGGGUCGCGGGUCGCUAGCCAGUGGCAGGUGGCGGUGUUCCAGUCUUCCUUAUUCCACAUAGCUGGGGUGCGUCGGCCUCCCGCCAGUCCUGCUCCAGAUGAAGUGUGAGCACUGCACACGAAAGGAAUGUAGUAAAAAAUCAAAAACUGAUGACCAGGAGAAUGUGUCCACUGAUGUAUCAAGUCCAGCCCAGGAGAAUGAAGAGAAGGGAGAAUUCCAUAAGUUGGCAGAUGCGAAGAUAUUUCUGAGUGACUGCCUGGCCUGUGACAGCUGUGUGACCGUGGAGGAAGGAGUCCAGCUUUCCCAGCAGAGUGCCAAGGACUUCUUCCAUGUCUUGAAUCUUAAUAAGAAAUGUGACACCUCAAAGCACAGAGUGCUGGUUGUGUCUGUGUGUCCUCAGUCUCUGCCUUAUUUUGCUGCUAAAUUCAACCUCAGUGUCACUGAUGCAUCCAGAAGACUCUGUGGCUUCCUCAAAAGUCUUGGGGUGCACUAUGUAUUUGACACCACAAUCGCUGCAGAUUUCAGCAUCUUGGAGAGUCAGAAGGAAUUUGUACGCCGGUAUCACCAGCAUAGUGAGGAGCAGCGUGAACUGCCCAUGUUGACCUCUGCCUGUCCUGGUUGGGUCAGAUAUGCUGAGCGUGUGCUGGGCCGCCCAGUCAUCCCACAUCUCUGCACUGCUAAGUCCCCCCAGCAGGUCAUGGGCUCCUUGGUGAAGGAUUACUUUGCUAGACAGCAGAAUCUGUCUCCAGAGAAAAUUUUCCAUGUUGUCGUGGCUCCUUGCUAUGAUAAGAAGCUGGAGGCUCUUCGAGAGGGACUUUCCACUACUUUGAAUGGUGCCAGGGGUACUGACUGUGUGCUGACUUCAGGUGAAAUUGCUCAGAUAAUGGAGCAAAGUGACCUCUCUGUGAAAGACACUGCUGUGGAUACUUUGUUUGGAGAUGUGAAGGAGGUGGCAGUAUGGCGUCACGAUGGAGUGAGCUCGGAUGGGCAUCUGGCCCACGUCUUCAGACAUGCAGCCAAAGAAUUGUUUGGCGAGCACGUAGAGGAGAUCACCUACCGUGCACUAAGAAACAAAGACUUCCAUGAGGUUACCCUUGAGAAGAAUGGGGAGGUUUUACUGCGCUUUGCUGCAGCAUAUGGCUUUCGCAAUAUCCAGAACAUGAUCCUGAAACUCAAGAAGGGCAAAUUCCCGUAUCACUUCGUGGAGGUCCUCGCAUGUCCCAGAGGAUGCUUAAAUGGCAGAGGCCAAGCACAGAGAGAGGACGGCCACACAGAUCGUGCACUACUGCGGCAAAUGGAAGGGAUCUACUCCGGCAUUCCUGUGCGGCCCCCAGAGAGCAGUGCACAUGUGCAGGAGUUGUACCAGGAGUGGCUGGAGGGUACUGAGUCCCCCAAAGUCCAGGAGGUGCUGCACACCACAUACCAGAGCUUGGAGGCCUGCACAGACAGCUUGGAUAUCAAGUGGUGACAAAGCCAGGAGGGCAGGCGGGGACAGCGCUGAGUGGAGAGUGGUGGACGCUUCAACAGCAGCGGGUCGCUCCAGUUUUGGCAGUGCUCCUCCGCAACAUGCAGUUCCACGUGGUGCUAUCUUUGUAGUGUAUGAGGGACUGGAAUGUUUUCACAUGGGAGAAGCCUCUUUCUUCUCUGAGUAUUCUUUUAAUCCAAAAUUAUAAGAAAGAUCCCAAAGAGUGAGGCCA